GGGCCCGGCCAUGUGAUGCCGGGUCCGGGAGGCGGGCAGGCGGAGAUCAGCGGCAGCCGGCAGGCGCGGAGCGAGCGGGGCGGCCCCAGCCGCGGGCGCAGCCAGCUCGGCCCCGGAGCGCGGCCUCGGCUCCGCCCCCUCGCGCUGCCCCGGCCGCGCCGCCGCCGGGCGUGGGCCGCUUCGGGAGAGCCUCCCCGGCUCCGGCGGCGCGUUCCGGGCGCCCUCGGGCAGGGCGCGGGGGCAGCGCCUCGCUCGGGCGUCGGAGGCUGCGGGACAGCACCUCCGGAUGCGGAAGCCAUGGAGCUGAACUGCAGUGAAGUACCUCUUUAUGGGCAGAUGACGGUCUAUGCGAAGUUUGGCAAAAAUGUUUAUCUUCCUAAAGAUGCCGAGUUUUACUUCAUUUAUAACGGAUCUCAUCAGAGACACAUCGUGAUUGCAGAGCGCACGGAGGAUAACGUUCUCCAAUCCAGCGUUCCAGGCCACAGGCUUCAGGAGACGGUGACGGUGUCUGUGUGCCUCUGCUCGGAAGGUUACUCCCCUGUGACCAUGGGCUCUGACUCCGUGACCUAUGUGGACAACAUGGCCUGCAGGCUGGCUCGUUUGCUGGUCACCCAAGCCGAUCGCCUCACAGCCAGUAGCCACCAGACCUUGCUGACCCCAUUUGCCCUGACGGCGGGAGCAUUGCCUGCUCUGGAUGAGGAGCUCGUGCUGGCUCUGACCCAUCUGGAGUUGCCUCUUGGGUGGACUGUCCUGGGAAAUUCUUCACUUGAAGUUUCUCUACAUAGAGAGUCUCUCCUGCAUCUGGCUGUGAGAUGGGGCCUUGCUAAGCUUUCCCAGUUCCUCCUGUGUCUCCCUGGAGGAGUCCAGGCCUUGGCUUUACCCAACGAGGAGGGUGCCACGCCAUUAGACUUAGCUUUACAUGGUGGAUGCUCCAAGCUGUUUGAAGACAUCACAAACUUCCAGGGCAGACGUUCCCCAGGUUUCUCCCGAGUGCAGCUCAGCGAAGAUGCCUCCCUGCGGUAUAUUCACUCAUCAGAAACACUGACCCUGACGCUUAAUCACACAGCCGAGCAUUUGUUGGAGGCGGAUAUUAAACUCUUUAGGAAAUACUUUUGGGAUAGAGCCUUUCUCCUCAAGGCUCUUGAAGAGCAAGAAGCCAGGUCAGAGGAAAAAUCAGAUAUGCCCUCCAGCACUGCAGAAACCGAAGAAGAGAUUAAGAAUUCGGUGUCCAGCAGAUCAUCGCCUGGAGAGGAGAAUGUAAAGCGUGUGAAAAGCCCAGUGGUUCAACUGAAUGAACAUGAAGACCAGGACAGUCUAUAUUUGGAUCGUUCCUUUGAUGUCCUCAAAAAAUCCAAGCAUCCCCCAACGUUCCUUGCUGCUGGCCGGCUUUCUGACAUGCUGAAUGGCGGUGAUGAAGUCUAUGCUAACUGCAUGGUGAUAGAUCAGGUUGGUGAUUUGGAUAUUAACUAUAUUAAUAUAGAGGGAAUCACUGAAAACACUUGCCUUGAAUCCAUGGACUCUACUCUGGGGCCUCAGAGCAGCAAGCCCAUCCUUCCUACUGAAACCAGCGCUGGCACGUACCCCCCAAAUGAGAACACAGAAGUCCCAUCACACACCGAAACCCAACCGUCUUUGAUGUCACCAUCUAGUUCAUAUGCUUCCAGUUUGAAUCUUUCUUUUGGUCUUCAUGGAUUUGAAAAGGAACAAAGUCAUCUAAAGAAAAGAAGUUCCAGCCUUGAUGCCCUGGAUGCUGACAGUGAAGGAGAGGGGCAUUCCGAGCGGUCGCGCAUUUGCUACACUCCAGUGUCUCAGAGUUCCUCGAGAACUGGCAUUCCUAGUGGGGAUGAAUUGGACUCUUUUGAGACCAACGCUGAACCAGAUUUUAAUAUCUCCAGGACUGAAUCACUUUCUUUAUCAAGUAGCCUGCAGCUGAAGGAAUCAUUGUUUUCUGGAGUCCGCUCACGUUCUUAUUCCUGCUCAUCACCCAAAAUUUCUUUAGGAAAAACUCGAUUGAUCCGUGACUUUACAGUGUGCAAUUCAGCUGAAGAUGGUGUGCUCCACAGUGGCCGUUCCCUCCUUCAGUCUCUCUCACUGUCUAAAUCAGUGUCUCUGCUCCAUCCCUGUAAGCAAAGAGCUUACAGCUUACCGGAGCCACCAAGAGAAAAAAGAAUUCAGGAAGAAGAAUGGGAUAAAUACAUCAUACCUGCCAAAUCAGAGUCUGAAAAGUACAAAGUGAGCCGAACUUUCAGCUUCCUCAUGAACAGGAUGACCAGCCCUCGGAAUAAAUCUAAGACAAAAGGCAAGGAUGCCAAAGACAAAGAGAAACUGAGUCGACAUCAGUUUGUCCCUGGAACAUUUGCUGGGACUCUACAGUGUUUGGUUUGUGAUAAAACGCUCCUGGGGAAAGAGUCGUUCCAGUGUUCCAACUGUAAUGCAAAUGUACAUAAGGGCUGUAAAGAUGCCGCCUCUCCGUGUACCAAGAAAUUCCAAGUGAAAUAUAAUAAGAACAAACCGCAGACCAUCCUUGGAAAUUCUUCAUUUAGAGACGUCCCACCGCCUGGGCUCUCCUUGCACCCUUCCUCCUCCAUGCCUGUUGGGUUGCCGACGGGGAGGAAGGAAGCAGCAGGGCAAGUCCAUCCAUUGUCCAGAAGCGUUCCAGGCAUCACCUUGGAAAGCUUCAGGAGGUCAGGGGCAUCCUUGGAGUCCGAAAGUGACGGGAGCACCUGGAAAAGCAGGUCUCAGUCUGAUGAGCUGUUCCAGCCCAUGGGCUCACCUCCCUCCACGGACUCCUUCUUAAUGGAAGAUGUCGUGGAUUCGUCUCUGUGGAGUGACCUCAGCAGUGAUGCCCAGGGGUUUGAAGCAGAAUCUUGGAGUCUGGUGGUGGACCCCUCAUUUUGUAGUAGGCAGGAGAAGGAUGUCAUCAAAAGACAGGAUGUCAUUUUUGAGCUAAUGCAGACAGAAAUGCAUCACAUCCAGACCCUGUUCAUCAUGUCCGAGAUCUUCAGGAAAGGGAUGAAGGAGGAGCUGCAGCUUGACCACAGCACUGUGGAUAAAAUCUUCCCCUGUUUAGAUGAGUUACUUGAAAUCCACAGGCAUUUCUUCUAUAGUAUGAAGGAGCGAAGGCAAGAAUCCUGUAUUGGCAACGACAGGAAUUUCGUCAUCAACCGAAUCGGAGAUAUUCUAGUACAACAGUUUUCAGAAGAAAAUGCAAAUAAAAUGAAGAAAAUAUAUGGGGAAUUCUGUAGCCAUCACAAGGAGGCUGUUAGCCUCUUUAAAGAACUCCAGCAGAAUAAAAAGUUUCAGAAUUUUAUUAAGCUCCGAAAUAGUAAUCUUUUGGCUCGACGCCGAGGAAUUCCAGAAUGCAUUCUGCUGGUCACUCAGCGCAUCACAAAAUACCCUGUCUUGGUGGAAAGGAUAUUGCAGUACACAAAGGAGAACACUGAAGAACAGAAGGACUUAUGCAAAGCUCUUUGCUUAAUUAAAGACAUGAUUGCAGCUGUGGAUUUAAAAGUCAGCGAAUAUGAGAAGAAACAAAAAUGGCUUGAGAUCCUAAAUAAGAUUGAAAACAAAACAUAUACCAAGCUUAAAAAUGGCCACGUGUUUAGGAAACAGGCACUGAUGAGUAAAGAAAGGACCCUGUUAUACGAUGGCCUUGUUUAUUGGAAAACCGCUACGGGUCGUUUCAAAGAUAUCCUAGCUCUGCUUCUAACUGAUGUGCUGCUCUUUUUACAAGAGAAAGACCAGAAGUACAUCUUUGCAGCUGUUGAUCAGAAGCCAUCAGUUAUUUCCCUUCAGAAGCUCAUUGCUAGGGAAGUUGCGAAUGAGGAGAGAGGAAUGUUUCUGAUCAGUGCUUCAUCUGCUGGUCCUGAGAUGUAUGAAAUUCAUACCAACUCCAAGGAGGAACGGAAUACCUGGAUGAGGCGGAUCCAACAGGCAGUAGAAAGUUGCCCAGAAGAAGAAGGGGGAAGGACAAGUGAGUCUGACGAAGAGAGGCGGAAAGCUGAAGCCAGAGUGGCCAAAAUUCAGCAAUGUCAAGAAAUACUCAGUAACCAAGACCAACAAAUUUGCACAUAUUUGGAAGAGAAACUGCAUAUCUAUGCUGAACUUGGAGAGCUGAGUGGAUUUGAGGAUGUCCAUCUAGAGCCCCACCUCCUCAUUAAACCAGACCCCGGAGAGCCUCCCCAGGCAGCCUCAUUACUGGCAGCAGCACUGAAAGAAGCCGAGAGCCUGCAAGUUGCGGUGAAGGCCUCCCAGACGAGCGAUGUAUGUCAGUCACCCAAGGAAGGUUGUGGAGAACCUGCUCUGCAGGAUGUGUUCAGUCCUCGGGACGCACCUGGAUCACCUACUGCUUGUGGAAUAUAGAAGUUUCCCAAGUUCUUCACAGUCAGAGAUUAUACAAGCAAUACAGAAUUUAACCCGUCUCUUAUAUAGCCUUCAGGUAACUAUGCUUUGACCCUGUGAAUGUUUCUCUUCAUGCAACUCACUUUAUUCGAUGAGUUCUGGACUUUAAAAAUUAGAACAUUUGAGAGGUAGUGAAUGAUCUUAAAAGAACACCAAGCCUCACCCCAAAUGUAACUCAGCUAGAUGCUUUGAACUUCACCUGGUUUUGUAAUCACGAGGCAUCACCACUACUACCGUUUAUACCAUUCUUCUCUGAAACCAUAAAACAGUUCAUAUCUUUAAAAAAUAUUGAUGAGUAUGAUCUGGCUUGAAGUUUACAAUGAAUCUCUUUCUUAGGUGAGUAUAGCAUGACUUCACAUUUUCUGGUGAAAACUUAAAUUCACACCUAAACUUUUUUCACUUCCACAUGUGGCCUUUAGGCCUUUGGGGCAAUUAAAUAAUUCAUAUGCUCUUUCAUUGUUUUCUUGGUUCAUCCACCUAACAUUUAUUAAGUUCCCUCUCUGGGCCUGGCACUGUGAUGAGAGCCAAGCACACAAGGACAAGCGGUCCACAAAAUCUACCAUCAGACGGCUCACUGUCUGUCCAGGAAAGACAGGCAUUGUGAAAAUGAGGACUCUAAGGCUGGAUGAUACCUUAGGUCGUGCACAAGAAAGGCUGAAUACAUCCAGUUGCUUAAUUUGUGAGUUAAAAAACAUUUUAAAACGAUGUGAAAGCAAUGUUUAUAAACAGAUUUAUAGAAAAUCUUGAUACAGGUACAUAAAGUAAAAUGACUUGUAAUUUUGUGAGAGAAUUACUGUUGUCAUGGGGGUAUGUAUCCCUCUAGGUUUCUGCUGGUGUUUUUUUGGUUUGUUUUUUUGGGUUUUUUUUUUUUGCGGUAUGUGGGCCUCUCACUGUUGUGGCCUCUCCCGUUGCGGAGCACAGGCUCCGGACGCGCAGGCUCAGCGGCCAUGGCUCACGGGCCCAGCUGCUCCGCGCGGCAUGUGGGAUCUUCCCGGACCAGGGCACGAACCCGUGUCCCCUGCAUCGGCAGGCGGACUCUCAACCACCGCGCCACCAGGGAAGCCCCCUCUAGUUUUUUGAAUCAUUUUAUACAUACUCUUGGAACCUGUACCUUUGUAUGUCAUCACUUGCCUCUAUAGCACGAUUUUUAAUGGUUGAAUAAUAUUCAGGGCUACAGAAUUUAUCCAUUCCUCAUAGUUUAUACUUUUGUGUUAAUAACAGUCUAGCACACAUCCUUGUGCACUGAUCUCUUUGAACAUAUGUGAGUGUUUCCUUAGGAUAAAUUACUGAAAUUAAUUUUUGAGGUUUUUGAUAGACAUUGCCAAAAUAAUCAGCACUCCUCUCUACUUGUCCUCAAUUUGAAAAUAGGUCAAGUUAGCUCAUGAUCUUAAUUUGCAUUUUUUUGGUUACUACUGAAAUUAAACAUUUUCCCCCACUGGUUUAUUGUCAUUCAUAUUUCAUAUCUUAUCCCUGUUGAAUAUUAAAAGAAAAUAAGGAAAAUAAAAGUCUGAUCUUAAGGUUUGUUUUUUUUUUAGAUUAUAACACAUUUCUCUUUAUAAUAAAAGUGAACAGAAAAUCAGUUAGGUUACAGUGGAAUAACAGGAAAAGUAAACUUGACCUAAUUAAUAUACAUAAAAUAAUACACACAAAAACUGAAUAAUACACAUUCUUUUUAAGUACACCUGGAACAUUUCAAAAAUUUACCAUAUUAUGGACCACAAAGUAAGGUUCUACAAAUUUCAAGCAACUAAAAUCAUACAAAGUAUAUUCUAGGGUCACAGUGCAAGUAAUUUAGAAACGAGUAUCAAAUAUUCUACUGGAAUAUCCCUGUUGAUUUAGAAAUUAAGAAAAUAUAUGCUUAAGUAAAUCAGGACUCAAUGAAGAGAAUAUAUUGAAGAUUAUAAAAUAGUUUUAACUGAAGGAUAAUAAAAUUACUAAGUAUCAAAAUAUGUACGUUAUAGUUAGAGUCAUGCUUAGAGAAAAUUUAGAGCUUUAAAAAGCACAUAUUCAAAAAGAAGAAAAGCUAAAAGUCAAUGAGUUAUGCAUCUAUCUCAAAAAGUUAAAAAACAACAAAAUAAAAUCCAAAGAAAGUAGAGGGAAGGAAGAAAUAAAGUUAGCAUAAAUUAUAUAGAAAAUAAAUAAUAGAAAAGAUCAAUAAAAUUCAGAUAUUGUUUCUUUUAGGACAUUAGUAAAAUUUUUAAAACCUCAUAUUGAUACUAAUGAGAAAAAAAGGAAAAGGCAUGAAAAAAUCAUUAUCAGCAAGAAAAAGGGGACAUGGACAUAGAUUACAUACACCUGGAAAAGUUUACAAUAGGGUAAUAUGGACAACUUGUUGCCAGUUUGAAAAUGUUGAAGUAAUGGAAAUUUCUAUUUGAAAAUAGGUCAAGUUAGCUCAUGAUCUUAAUUUGCAUUUUUUGGGUUACUACUGAAAUUAAACUUUUCCCCACUGGUUUAUUGUCAUUCAUAUUUCAUAUCUUAUACCUAAUUGAAUAUUAAAAGAAAAUAAGGAAAAUAAAAGUCUGAUUUUAAGUUUUUACCAGAAAAAAAUAUCAUGCUACAUUUGCUGUUUUCUUAUUAAUACUUUGCAUCAAGACUUCUUUUAUGUUCUAUUGAUCAUCUUCCUAUUCUUGAUCUAGUACCACUAUCUUAUUUAUUAAAGUUCUGGAUUACAUUUGAAUGCAUGACAGUCUCCUCUUAUUAUUUUCCAUGUUUGUCUGUAUGUUCUUUCAUAAGAGCUUUUGAAUCAGUCUGACAAAUUUCUUCAUCUUCUACUGAGACAGUUAAAUUAAAAUAUUACUAUAUUUAUGAAUUAAAUUGCGGAGGAUUGACACUUUUGCAAUAAUUGGUUCUCUUGUCUGAGAACAUGUUAUUUUAUGUUCUGCUGGAAAGCUUUGUAAUUGUCUUCAUUUAGGUACUUUUUUUUUCUGCUAAGUUUAUUUCUGGAUAUUUUUGUCUCUUUGUUCCUAUUGUGAAUGGAAUUUUUUUUUUUUCAUUCUGUUUCCCCAAUGUUGGUUGCUGGUAUAAAUACAGGUAUUGGUUUUUUAUAUAUUUUUAACUGGCCAACUCAUUGAAUUUUUGUUUUUUUGUUUUAAUAGUUUUUCUGUUGAUUCUUUGGAGUAUUCCAAGUAGAAAGUAAAAACUUGAAAGUAGUGGUAUUUUGGCUACUCUUCAAUAAUUAUAUCAAUUUCAUUUUCUUGGCUUACUGCUUUGGCUAGAAAUUCUGAAAUGUCUUAAAUAAUAGUGGCAAUAGUAAGCAUCCUUGUCGUAUUCAAGAUUUAGUGGGAAUGCCUUUAGUGUCUUCUAUUAGAUAUGCUGGUCUGGGGUAGAUGGUCUUAGAGAUUAAUUUCUCAUGUAAAACAAAUAUUCUUUCUUUUAAACUUUAACUGAGAAGGGGUAUAGUUUGCGUGCACUUCAUUAACUUUUGGGAGAUGAAAACAUUGAGUGUCCCAGCUUGUGUUGCCUGAUGAAAACACUCACAAGGUCAUAUCUCUUCUUUUCAACCUUGAAUGCAGCCCUCUGUGGAUUCAAGGUUCAGAAAAGCUGGAUGACCUAAAUGACCUAGUUUUUGCAACACUAAAGCAAAUACCAAAUUCUAUAGUGGGUUCUCGUAACCAAAGCUUUUGAGCUGGUCUAAGGAUAGGGGCUCUCAAAGAUUUCUGUUCAUGGCACAGUCAUCUCUUUUGAAGCUGAAUGUUUUAUGCAUGAUUAAAGUUUUUACAAAGGAUUUUUGAAUCAGAUGAAAAUGAAAUUUGAUCCUAUGUUAGAAGAAUAGAGAUGAGGUAUAGGCAAGGCAGAAAGGAAAGGACACAGUUCAGCUGAGAAAAAUUAAGAGAGAGCGAAUAUACAUGUAUAACUGAAUCACUUUGCUGUACAGCAGAAAUUAACGCAACAUUGUAAAUCAACUAUACUUCAAUA